AUGGCGGCCGACCCGCGUUCGUUUCCCGUGCUUACGCGCCUCCUGCGUCUCGGCGGCUCGCGCGUGCCCGCCGCUGCACACUUCGCGGUCUCGGUCCUGUCGUUCUUCUGGUUUCACAACCUGCUCUUCGCGUCGUGUCUCUCAGUCAAACGCCCGUGGGCAGCCUCGCUUUCUUCGUUCCCGCACCCGUCUCUGUCCCUGACUCAGGCUCUUUCGUUCGCUUCCGACUGGGAAGCCGCGGGCAGCGAAGCCUGGAGUCGGACCUCGGCGUUUGGCGCCGAACUGCGCUGCAGGUCGCCGCCACUCAGCUUCCUCUUCACCUCUCUGCUCGGCUCUCGCGGCUCGUCUGUCGCCCCACUGUCCCGGUCGUCUCCUCUCUCUUCACCUGCUCUCUCUGCUCUCUGCGCCGCUCCUCCGGGGCUCUCGUCGCUGAAGUCUUCCCCGCCGUCGUCACCGCGCCCCGCGGGGAGCUCAUCCUCGCUGCGGACCCACGGCCCGCCCCUUGGCAGGCCUUCUGCGGCGGCGGAGUUUGCAGCGGCACUCGGGGCGAGCGCUGUGGAGAUACCGCACAGUGCUUCUCGCGCGCGAGAGGCGAAGCCGCAGACGCGGCAGCCGUCGGAGCCGGUCGCGAAUCGCCGACAGCGGACUCGCGACGCGUCUGCGCCUUCUGAUGGCCCUGCGCUUGGGGCUGCAGGUGCCCAUCAUCCGGCACCGCGACCCCCGGGGGGUGGGCUGUGGACGGGCGGUGAGGCCGGCGUGCGUCGGGCGACUCGCUCGGGGAGUCCCUCGUCGAGCUGCCGCGGCGCCGUCCCCACAGACGGGCAGUGUGGGACCCCCGGGAGGCCGGAGGGACAUGAGGGGGGGCUGCGAGGGCGCGCCGGGUGCGAGUCGGAGGUGGAGCAGCUCCUCCGUAUGUGCGAAGAAAACAUGCGCGAGUACGCGCAGACACGCGGCGGGGAAGCUGGCGCGGAAGACGCCACGGAAGAGGAGGCGAGUCGGCAGCGCGUCAAAGAGAUGCUGGAGCGACGCGUCGCCCUCAUGGAGGCCCAGCUGGUCUCCUGGAAGCGCGAAGAGCUCCGAGGCCGACACGACGCUUUGCAGGACUACCUGGCGGUCCUCGAGCACACCCGCCAGCGGGACGAGGCGUGCGUCCGCCAGUUUCACGCGGAGGAAAUCAACACGCCAGACACGGGGAGUCCAGCAGAGCUCCGCGGCUCUUCGUCCUCUGGCGCGGCCCAGGCGUCGCGCACCCCCCCGGCAGCUGCUUCGGCUGAGGCUGUCGCCUCAGACCCGUCCGCGUGUCGCUCCGCUGCACCUGCGGCUCCUGGACGGCGCCCGCUGUUUCCGUUGCGGGGCUUCGGCGGCAUUGCUGUCUUUCCGCUCCCCGAGGCAAGACCGCCGGGAGAGGGACGCGAAGCAGCCGCGGACAAGCUGCCGCGGUGGCGCAAGAGACUUGACGAAGAGCGCGGCCGCCGCACGCCUGCCACCCUCCGACCGCCGUCCUACGCGGCAAUCGCCGAGCAGAAGGCGGAGGAGCGCCAGGCGCUGGCAGCCCUCAAGGCAUGGAAGAGGUUUCACCGCGAGGCGCGACAGCGAGAGGCCGCAGAGCGCGGCGCCGCGGAGCCCAGAGCGCUGGGCGCGUCCGAGGAGACGGGCCCCGUUCACAGCGGCGAGCGCGCAGAAGGAGCGCCCGAUGCAGUCGUAGACGCUGCAUCCGACGCUGCGGGGAGGGGUGAAAGGACCCAAAGUGCUGUCGCGCCACACGAAGAGGAAGAAGGCAUCGCAUCAAGACACGGUCUGCCGUCGGCUUCGCCGUCCGCGGAUCUGCCUUCGGGGGAGUUCAAGCCCAAGCAGUCGCUGGGGCAGAACUUCCUGAGCGACCCCAAUACAAGCCGACUCAUCGCAGCCAGCUUGGAGGACGCCUCGCCGCGGGGCGUAGGCGUCGUCGAGGUUGGACCCGGCACAGGCGCAAUCACCAGAUUCCUCUUGCCGAAGUUCCCUCGCAUGUCAGCCAUCGAAACCGAUCCGCGGGCUCUGUCUCUCCUUUCGCGUCGCCUGCCGUCUCUGAAACUCAUUCACGGGGACGUGCUCCAGGUAUCUUGGCCAGCGCUGGCGCGCGAGCGAGGGACGCGUCUUUCCGUGGUCGGCAAUCUGCCCUUCUACCUGACCAGCCAGCUGCUCUUCUGCUUCCUCGAUGCCUGGCGCUUCAUCGAUCAGGCGCUCGUGACGAUUCAGUGGGAAAUGGCGGAGCGCCUGACGGCCCGGCGGGGCGAGCGGCAGUACUGUCGCCUGAGCGUCGUGUUCGCCUUGUACAGCGAGUGCAAAAUCGUGAAAAAACUUCCGAGCUCCGUGUUUUACCCAGUGCCUAAAGUCGACGCGGCGCUCGUGCACAUCAAGUUCCGCCAAGCCCCGUUAACCGAAAUUCUGCAGGGUGCUGACCCGCAUCAGUUCCGAACGGUCUUGCACGCUGCCUUUGGGAAACGCCGCAAAAUGCUGAAGUCGAGCCUCAAGGAAAUUCUCCCUCACGCCGACGCCUUGCCUGCUUGCUAUGCACGCAUGCGGCCGCAGCACUUGUACCCGACGGACUUUCUCGACUUGACUAAAGCCAUAUUUUCUCCUCGCUCUUUUCUUCCGGCGUCUGGGGCCGAAGGCCCGAAGGCCAGCGAAGAAGAGGAGACAGAAGCGAGCCAAGCGGGCGGACCAGAAAGGGACGACGAAGAGGAUGUCUUUGCGCAAGUAGGAGAAGUGUCGCGCAUCUGGAGAAAAGAGAAGCAUGGAAACUAUUGA